AUGAAUGAUCAACCAAACGAAGAGGUCGAUCACAGCCAGACUGACAUCUACCUCAACAUAUCUGGUGAUGGCAAUAAGGAGGAACCAAUUGCUGAGAGAGGUAAUGAUGGGCAACAAGGCGAGCCAUCUGGAUCGAGGAGCAGGCCUAAAUGGAAACGAGGUAAGAAGAACAAAUUAGAGGGCCGUAUCAUCGUCACGGAAAUUGAUGAAGGUAGUGAAUCAAUUGCUCCACACAAUGCUAAGACCACAUUGAGUAACACAAGCACUUCAAGAGAUCCAGAUGAAUUGGCCAUAGUUGCUGUGGAUGAGGCAACUAAUGUUACUCCAGAAGAUGUUACAGAAGACAAUGUUGAGAUCAAUCCAGAAGAUGAGGGACCCAUAGAAGACAAUGUUGACAUCAACAUGGAUCAGAACAUCACGAGUGAUCAUGAUGAGGACCUAGUUUGUACUAUGGAUAUUUAUGAUCCAAGGAAUUGGGAUAAACUUGACAAUAAAGCAAGGGACAUAUUAGUUGAGAAGGGGCCCAUAAGAGAAGAGAAUAUUGUCUUUCCUAUGGAUGCUAAUUCAAGACAUUUUUCAUAUGAUCAUUACUCCAGAAAAUUGAGCAAUGGAGAGAGUUCAUUGGGGAAAGAUGGGUUCAGAGAUUGGAGACAUGUUAGUGAUAGGCUGAAAGAACAUGAAAUUAGUGUUGAACAUGUGACCAAUAUGAAGUCAUGGAAAGAAUUGAGAACUCGGCUGAAAAAACAAGAGACAGUUGACAAAGAGUUACAACAGCAAAUCUCAAAAGAGAAAGAACGCAUAAGGCAAGUAUUAUUAAGAAUAGUUGCUGUUGUGAAAUUUCUUGGUAGGCGUAAUUUGGCUUUUAGAGGAUCCAAUGAGCAACUUUACAAUAAUCUUAAUGGUAAUUUCUUAGCCUGUGUUGAGAUGAUUGCAGAAUUUGAUUUGGUAAUGCAAGACCAUCUUAGACGUAUUCAAAAUAAAGAGAUUCAUUAUCAUUAUCUCAGCCACAAAAUUCAGAAUGAGUUGAUUUCUCUUAUGGCUUCUGAAAUCAUAAAUUCUAUCAUCAAGAUUGUUAAAGAGGCCAAAUAUUUCUCUGUUAUCCUUGAUUGUACCCCAGAUAUUAGUCACCAAGAGCAAAUGAGUUUGUUGGUUCGAUGUGUUAAUAUGACUGAUGGUAAAAUUAAAAUAGAGGAGUACUUUCUUGGUUUCUUGAAGGUAGAAGACACAUCUGGUUCAGAACUUUUUAGUGUAUUGGUUGAUUCCAUCAAGUCUUUUGGUCUUGAUAUUGAUGACAUUAGGGGACAAGGUUAUGAUAAUGGAUCUAAUAUGAAAGGAAAACACAAGGGGGUUCAAAGGCGGUUGCUUGAUAUAAAUCCAAGAGCUUUGUAUAUGCCAUGUGCUUGCCAUAGUCUUAACCUCACUAUUUGUGAUAUGGCUAAAUCUUGUAGCAAAGCUAUCACUUUUUUUGGAAUUGUGCAACGGAUAUAUGUAUUAUUUUCUGGUUCUACCAAAAGAUGGAAAAUUUUGCUUGAUCAUGUUGAUGGUUUAUCUGUGAAAUCUUUGUGCAACACUCGUUGGGAGAGUCGGAUCAAAAGUGUCACAGCAAUUAGAUAUCAAGCACCACAGUUAAGAUUAGCUCUUCUUAAAUUAAGUGAAAAUAGUGAUACUGAAGCUAAGGAUAGAAGUGAUGCAAAAAAUUUAUAUGAAGUGCUUGGCAGCUUUGAGUUUAUAUUUGGCAUGGUUAUUUGGCAUGAUAUUUUAUUUGCUGUGAAUAAAGUGAGCAAGAAUUUGCAAUCACCAUCCAUCUCCAUAGAGUCUAUGUUACAGCAUAUCGAAGGCAUGAUAAAUUACUUUAAUACCUAUAGAAAUGAAGGGUUUGCUUCUAGUAUAAUCAUUGCCAAAGAAAUUGCAUCUGAAUUGGGUGUGGAGCCAUCAUUUCCAGUAAAGUGUCGUGCUCUCAAAAAGAAGCACUUCGAUGAAAUUGAUUCUAAUGAAGCUAUCUUGCAAGCUGAGAAAGCCUUUGAAGUUGAAUAUUUUUUAGUUAUGGUUGAUAUGGCAACAAGUUCAUUGAAAAGUAGAUUUCAAGAACUCGAAGCAUUCAGAGAAAUAUUUGGGUUUUUAAUGAGUUCAGCAAACUUGAAGUCAUUGGAUAGUUCUGAACUAAAAGAGUGUUGCACAAUAUUGGCCGCAACUUUCUCUAUGGAUGGUAUAUCAGACAUUGAUUUAAAUGAUUUAAUCUCUGAGUUAAGUAUGUUGCAGCUUACUUUGCCAAAUAAACCAAUGUCGGCUAUGGAGAUUUUUGAGUUUGUCACUGAAGUGGAUUAUUAUCCUAAUACUUCCAUUGCUUAUCGUAUCUUAUUUACUAUGCCUGUAACUGUGGCAUCAGCUGAAAGAACCUUCUCAAAAUUGAAAUUGUUGAAGAACCAUUUGAGAUCUACAAUGUCUCAAGAGAGGUUAAAUAGUUUGGCAACAUUAUGCAUUGAGAAGACACUAUGGGAUGAGAUUGAUACUGAUGCCAUCAUCAACGACUUCGCAUCGAGAAAUGUUAGAAGAAAUUUUUAA